CCAACAAGUUUCUGAUUAUGAGCUUCGCUCUUUUCGCUGUAAUCAUUGCGGUGUCUGGCGAAGGAAUCAGCGAUCGUCGCUUCCGCUGGGAGGGCUCCAAUGAACAGCAAUCAGAUGAGAAGGAGGCUGAGGUGGAGGAAGAUAAUGAGAACGAUAGCGAUAAUGAAGAUGAGGAGGAUACAAAUGCCGUGGAUGAUAAUGAUGCUGUUGAUGAUAAUGAAACACAAGAGAAAGACGAAGCUGAUGACGAAAACAAGAUCGAAAGUGAUAGUACCGAGGAGGAAGCAUAAAUCAUGUUAUAAACAAAUUUUUUAAACUCUAUUCUGUUAAAAAUCAUGCUUAAUCUUAAAUUGUUCAAGUACCAUUCAUCCCGCAUAGCAAAUAAUAGUGUUAACAUAUUGUAAAAAUUGAACCGUUGAAUUUAAAUCACAAUAAAUGUUUUAAAAGCCAAAAUA